AUGGACACCAUUGCGCCGACAUAUGCUUGUAUUUUCGCUGCAAUCCUUGUACCUCUUAUCUGGCUCUCGACUUCCAAAAGGUCCAAUGUACCUGGCCCUCGUCCACUACCCGUCAUAGGCAACCUUCUCGAUCUUCUGUCUGCGGGUGACCCUUGGGGUAUAUUCACGACUUGGAAGGUGUCAUACGGCGACGUGGUUGGCCUACGUGUAUUCGGCACCAACAUCAUAGUCUUGAACUCCAUGCAAGCAUUCAACGAGUUAUUGAAUAAACGGGCCAGCAAGUACUCUCAUCGACCAGUCUUUACUGUCGUAUGUGAGCUCAUGAAGAUGGGAAAGAGCAUGCCUUUGAGAGAUUACGAUGAAGAAUGGCGAGAAAUGCGUAGGAUAUCGCACAAUGCCCUCGGAACGCAACCUGUCAAGCAAUACCACCGUAUGCAGGAGGAUAUGGCCGCCUUGUUUGCGCGCGAUGUCCUCGACGAACCCUCGAACUUCCGUGUCAUCCUUCGCAUGUACUCGAGUCGCAUCAUACUAUCCUUGACAUACGGUCUUUCUGCGCAGGAGGCAGAUGAUGCGUAUGUCGAGCACGCGGAGAAUACAAUGAACAUCAUACGUGAAUCUGCAGUUGUCGGUGCAUACUUAUGUGAUCUUUUACCUAUGAUGAAGCAUUUGCCUUCGUGGCUGCCAUUCCAACGUCGCGCGGCUCGCGGGCGAGCAAUGGUUCACAGAAUGGUGACAGAACCUUUUCUUCGGGUGCAGCGUGACAUGUCCGAGGGAAAAGCGCGCCCUUCCCUGGCUCGCGAUUUCCUGAACCAAAACGAAGGUGCGCUCACCGAAACGAGUUAUGAACGCUUGUUAUGGACGGCCGCUUCCAUGUAUGCAGCUGGAGCUGAAUCCUCAUAUGCUACUACAUUGACGUUCAUUCUAGCGAUGACGCUCUACCCCGGUAGCCAGCAGACGGCCCAGCAAGAGCUUGACAAUGUCUUGGGUUUCGGUAGUCUCCCCACGAUUGCAGAUCGGGAGCGUUUGCCGUAUAUACAGGCUCUUGUCAAGGAAACGAUGCGAUGGCAUCCCAUGCUUCCUCUCAGUUUCCCGAGGCGCACGGCGCAGAGCGACGAGUAUCGCGGGUUCACCAUUCCGGCGAACACCAUUGUCAUUCCAAAUGUUUGGUCAGUAGCGUUUGAACCGAACCCCAGACACCCCCCGGAGGAUUUCAUUCCGGAACGUUUUCUUGAUAUCGAAUCUAUGUCGGUGGAUCCCGCAUCCUGGGCUUUCGGUUUCGGUCGCCGGAUAUGUCCCGGAAAACUCCUGGGGGAGAACAAUAUCUUCAUCCUGAUUAGCACUCUACUGGUAUCAUUCAAAAUCCUACCCCCUGAGGGAGGAUAUAAGAGAAAGCCAAUGUUCGUUGCAGACCUCGGAAGUUUUCCGGAGCCGUUUGACUGUCAGAUAGUCCCGCGUUCUCAGGUACAUGAGCUCAAUGUACAUUUCAUCGUCAAUCACUUUGCAUAG